UCUAAAGAAUUUUGAAGCGGCAAGAUGGCCUCGACAACAGAAGCUAGUUCCACAGAUGAAAAGAAAACAGAACCAGAUGCAGCAUUUUCUGAAUUCUACACAGAGGUGAAACAGAUUGAGCAGAGAGAUGCUGUGUUAACAUCAAAACAACAAAUUGAUCGACUUAACAGAGCUGGUUCUACAUACUUCAAUCUCAAUCCAUUUGAUGUUCUUCAAGUUGAUCCAGAUACAGCUCUUGCAGAUGUUAAAAAGAAAUACCGACAAAUGUCAAUACUUGUCCAUCCAGAUAAAAAUUUAGAGAAUGCUGAAAGAGCUCAAAAAGCUUUUGAAGCUGUGAAUAAAGCUUUUAAGACAUUAGAAAAUGAAGAGGGAUACAAAAGGUGCCAAGAAAUCAUAGAAGAGGCCAAAGUGAGAACAGAAGAAAUGAUAAAACAAAAAAGAAAACAAUUAAAAAAGGAAGGAAAACCUACAAUAGUGCCUGAAGAUGAACCAGAUAAAUAUAAGCAUGCUGUUUAUGUCCAGACAUGUAAACUUUUUGCUGACCUUGAAAGGUUAAGACAAGAAAGAGAAACCAAGGACAUGCACGAAAGAAAACGAAAAGCGGAAGAGGAUGCGGAGGCUGAAGAACUUGCCAAAGUGAAGGCACAGUGGGACAAAAACUAUGAGGAAACCAGGACAAACAGAGUCAACAGCUGGAGGACCUGGAAAACUGGAGGGAAAAAAUCUAAAAAAGGAGGAGUAAGGCCACCAAAGACAAGAGCAGAACAACGCGAUUGACCAUGGCCAAUCUGGCAAGACUGCACAGGACACUUGCUGCAUGUAAACAUUGAAAAAAAAUCCAGAGUUGUAUACAUUUUAGGGCGUUUUAUCUGAGGAAGCACUGCAUGUGGUUUUCCUGGAACAAACAAUCAUUUGGAUGUGAACACAAAUUGCUACCCAAUUGAAUACACAGACAACGCUUGAGAUUUUGUCUCACUGCUGCAUUUGGUGCCCAAAACCUGAAAGUUUUGAGACCAUGUCAUAAGUGCUCUAAAGCUAGUCUUCAGAUGGAAGUAUCCAUAUUAUUCUGAUGUACACAUACUUAAACGCAAUUUGAGGAGCUGUUUGAAUGAGAAUGAGUUAGUUAAACAUGAACACCUCGUGCCUCUCAAGGCUUUUAGUAACUCUUGUAGUUGCUGGCGUGAUCUCACCUAACAUCAGGAAUACAUCCACCAGUAUCUUUGUGGAAGUGGACCAAUAGGAGAUGUUAUUCUAAAUACCAUUUCUGUUGUGUUUAACCUUAACUUAAAGCUGUUGAUUUGAGUGUAGUCAUAUGAUUUGUAAUAGAACCCUGAAGCUGUAAUUAAAGGUCUCAGUGAAUUUUGCACUUUUGUCCAAGCAUUUAUUAUAAUUGUAUGCUUUGACUCUCUGUAAUAGACAUCAAGCCGUAAGCUGCACCGUCUUUGUAGACCAGUAGCUGCUGUUGUUUUGUUUACUUUAUUUCAAAAUUUGGUAUCUUUCAUAAAGAUAAUCUACCUAUUAUUAUUUAAUAAUUAUUAUUUCUCAUUACAUGUCUCACAAAAGGGUACUGAUUGAAUUGUAUCAUUGUUUUAAAAGUUUACAGUAUUACAAAGAAAUGAAUCUAGAAACAUAGGGUUUUAGAGAUAUUCUUGAUAAUUCAAUGAUAUCUAAUAGAAACAGAUAUAUAGAAAGGUGUUGAUAUUACAUUUCACAUUAUUUUCUUAAAAUGGAAAAAAAGUAGCAGAAAUCAUUUGAUUGUAAAUAACUUUAUUAUUUUGGCUUAACUUGUUAUUCAAUAACUGUUAAACCAGCAAUAUGAGUCUUGUGCACAAAAGAUAAGUAAAUGUGCCUAUGUUGUAUAUACACUAAUAAAGAUAAACAUACUACCUUUCCAGAAUUUCAGGCAAGACAUGUUUCUGAUUACUUUUGAA